UUCUUGCUGAUGGAGAGAAACAGGACUUGGUAGUUCACUUGGUGGCAAAUUGUUGAGAAGAAGAACUUUCCAGGGAUCUGGAUCAUUUUUACCAUGGACUCCUCAUCUGUCCAGCAGGAUGUUCACUUGGAGAGCAGAAGUGGUAAUGGGGCUCCCAGCAGCUCUGAAGAACUUCCAGAUUGUAAAGCCAAGUCACAGCUACUUACGACAGAUGAAAUUAACACUACCAGUAAUAACAUCAAUGAAGUGCCAAAUGAAGAGGGAGGUCUGGAGAUAAACAGCAAAGUGGAUGCCUGCCAGAAUGGGCCAGAGUCGCUCUGCCUCGACUCUCCUGGAUCUUUUGAUCCUACCAGCAGUGAGCAGGGUGAAGAGUCAUCCCCAGGCUCUGUAGAGUCUUCACUGCCACUGGAAAAUGAAGAACAAAUCAGACUUCAGGCAAGAAGGCGUCUGGAAGAGCAGCUCAAACAAUACCGAGUGAAGAGACACCAAGAAAGAUCGAGUCAGUCUACAUCCAAAACCCGUCCCUCCAGCACCCUGGAUCCUGAGCUGAUGUUGAAUCCAGAAAUCCUGCCAAGAGCCAGCACUGUAGCAAUGACUAAAGAAUAUUCCUUUUUGCGGACCAGCGUCCCCAGGGGGCCAAAGCUGGGUAGCCUGGGACUUCCAGCAUCCUCAAAGGAAAGAAGAAGCUCAAAGUCUAAGGCCAGCAAGAUCCGGUCCUUGGCUGACUACAGAACUGAAGAUUCAGAUGCUCGAAAUGCUACUGGGAAUUCCGUGGCUCCUGACUUACCUGGGGGGGCUCUGACACAAAGCAGAAGUGGCCCAACAUCAGUUGUGUCUGAGAUCAGUCUGCCCUCUGAUGUGGAUGAUCGGGUAGAGAAUUCCUCCUUGGCAGGAGACAGCAUUUCAGAGAUUGAUGGCAGUGAAGUGGGAAUGAGGCUGGAUGGAAAUGAGAGUGACAGCUCUACCUACAGCAGUGUAUCAGGGAAAGGGCUGUAUAGCACUUUGCAGAAUGCAGAAGGCAAACAGGACACUCCAUAUACAAUAAAUGGCCAGAAGAUACAUCCUGAAGCAAUGGGGCAAUUUCCUUCCCUUAGUGAGGUGCUGCAGGCUGCAGCAGUGGAGCACCAGGCCCAAGAGCAAGAAGUUAAUGGGGAGGUACGGAGCAGGAGAGACAGUAUUUCUAGCAGUGUUUCUAUGGAAAGCUCUAUCGCAGGAACUCAUGACGAGAUGCUGCAGGUUAUGAAGGAGAAGAUGAGACUUGAAGGGCAACUAGAAGCACUCUCACUAGAAGCUAAUCAGGCUCUCAAAGAGAAGACUGAGCUACAAGCCCAACUUGCAGCUUUGAACAUGAAGCUUCAGGCACAGAUGGAGCACAGCCAGAACAGCCAGCAGAAGCAGGAAUCCCUGAGCUCAGAAGUGGCCACAUUAAAGCAGUCUUGCUGGGAUCUGGAACGAGCAAUGGCUGACCUGCAAAAUGCCUUGGAAGCAAAGAAUGCCAGUUUGGCUUCUUCAAACAAUGAUUUGCAGUUAGCAGAGGAGCAGUACCAGAGACUCCUGCAGAAGGUUGAAGAUAUGCAAAAAAAUGUUCUCACCAGAGACAGUACAGUUCAUGACCUGCGACAGCAGUUGGCUUCCUUGCAGACCCAGCUUCAGAAGGUGCAGCUGGAACGGACCACGCUGACCAACAAGCUGAAGGCAUCUGAAACAGAAAUCACAUCUCUCCAAAAUGUGAGGCAGUGGUACCAGCAGCAGCUGGUCCUGGCACAGGAGGCCCGUGUCAGGCUGCAGAGUGAGAUGGCCAAUAUACAGGCUGGGCAAAUGACUCAAGCAGGGAUGUUGGAACAUCUCAAACUAGAGAAUGUGGCCCUGUCUCAGCAGCUGACUGAAACCCAGCACAGGUCCAUUAAAGAAAAGGAACGUAUUGCAGCACAGCUACAAAACAUUGAGGCUGACAUGUUAGAUCAGGAAGCUGCCUUCAUGCAGAUCCAGGAGGCUAAAAGCAUGGUGGAAGAAGACUUGCAGAGGAAACUAGAGGAGUUUGAGGAUGAGAAAGAACAGCUUCAGAAAAUGGCUGAUUCUGCAGCAACACUGGAGCAAGAAUUGGAACAGGUCAAGUUGACUUUGCAUCAGCGAGAUCUGCAGCUUGAAUCCUUGCAGCAAGAGCACCUCGACCUGAUGAAGCAAUUGACUCUAACCCAGGAGACACUGCACACCAAAGAGCAGUCCCUGGAUGACCUGCAAACACAGUAUGAUGAACUGAAGGCCAGGCUAGAAGAGCUCCAGAGUGAUGCUGCUUCUAAAGAUGACACAAUCCAGUAUUUGCAGAAUGAGAAGAUUGUGUUGGAGGUGGCUCUGCAGGCAGCAAAAGCAAGUAAAGAGCAACUUGAUGAAGGGGCCACACGCCUUGGAGAAGGUACAGAGGUAACAUCAGAAAUCUUGGAGCAGCUGAAGCAAGAAAUGGCAAUCAAGUCAAGCCAGGUGGAAAAUCUGCAACAAGAAAAUGCCAGCCUCAAAAAACAGCUUCAAAAAGUGAAGGAACAGUUCCUGAAGGAGAAGGUCAUGGUGGAAGCUUAUCGAAGAGAUGCCAGCUCCAAGGACCAGCUCAUCAGUGAGCUGAAAGCGACAAAGAAGCGCCUGGACUCGGAGCUGAAGGAGAUAAAAAAAGAGCUGCUGAAAAUCCAAAUUGAGAAACAGUCACUCGAAUCUGAGCAUUCAAAACUACAGAAGGAAGUAUCUCAGGUUCACCAGCAGAUGGUGGAACUAGAAAAUCACCUCCAGUCAGUGCAGAAAGAACGAGAUGAUAUGGAAACACGCCUGCAGUCUUUGCAGUUCGAUAAGGAACAAAUGGAAUCUCUUGCUGAGGCAAAUCAGGCAUUAAAACAACAAGUAGAGCAAAUGCAAGAAGAAGCAAAAAAGGCCAUUACAGAGCAGAAACAGAAAAUGAAGCGUCUCGGGUCAGACCUGACCAGUGCUCAGAAAGAGAUGAAAGCAAAACACAAAGCCUAUGAGAAUGCAGUCAGCAUUCUCAGUCGGAGGCUGCAGGAAUCUCUUACUGCAAAGGAAUCUGCUGAGGCAGAGCUGAGCAAACUAAAAGCACAAAUUACUGAUGGUGGGAAUGACCAGAUUGCUCAGGAGAAGAUCCAAGCUCUGAAGACAGAACUGCGAGCUCUGGGCAGCAGUAAGUUGAUGCUGGAAAAAGAGUUGCAAGAAGUGAUUUCACUGACCAGCCAGGAGCUUGAAGAAUACAGAGAGAAAGUGCUGGAACUUGAAGAUGAGCUCCAGGAAUCUAGAGGCUUCAGGAAGAAGAUAAAACGUUUAGAAGAAAUGAAUAAGAAGUUGGCCCUCGAACUGGAACAUGAACGUGGAAAACUUACAGGUCUCAGCCAGUCCAACGCUGCUUUGCGGGAGCACAACAAUAUCCUCGAAACAGCAUUAGCAAAAAGAGAGGCAGACUUGGUACAGCUGAAUCUACAGGUUCAGGCAGUCCUAAAGCGGAAAGAGGAAGAGGAUCAGCAAAUGCAACAACUUAUUCAAGCUUUACAGGCUUCCUUAGAGAAGGAAAAGUUAAAAGUUAAAGACCUUCAGAAGCAGGAAGCAGCAGCCAAAGCGGAUGCAGCCCACAACCGGCGACACCAGCGGGCAGCCAUGCUGGAGCUCAGUGAGAUCAAGAAGGAGCUCCACGCCAAAGAGCUGCUGGUCCAGGCCCUGCAGGCUGAGGUGGACAAGCUGCAGGUAGAGGAUGAAAAACAUUCCCAGGAGGUAUCUCAGUUCCAGCAAGAGCUGGCAGAAGCCACAUCUCAGCUCCAAGUUCUGCAGAAAAACCUGGAUGACAAACUUAGUGAACAGCCUCUAGUAAGCCAAGAGGUGGAAGACCUGAAGUGGGAAGUAGAACGAAAAGAAAGAGAAAUUGAAACCCUUAAGCAGCAGCUGGACAUGACUGAACAGCGCAGUCACAAAGAGUUAGAAGGGAUACAAGUUGUCCUGCAGAACAUCAAGACUGAGUUAGAGAUGGUGAGGGAAGACCUGUCAGCAACUCAGAAGGAUAAGUUUAUGCUGCAGGCUAAAGUGACUGAACUGAAGAACAGCAUGAAGUCACUGCUGCAGCAAAACCAGCAGCUGAAGUUGGACCUGAAGCAUGGCAAGAUGAAGAAGAGGAAAGAACUGAAAGGCGAGAAUAACUCUUCCAAUCCAGUGACUCCAGUCAAGAUUCCUGACUGUCCAGUGCCUGCUGCCUUGCUGGAAGAACUGCUGAAACCAACAGCUGUGAGCAAGGAGCCUCUAAAGAACCUGAACAGCUGUCUGCGGCAGCUAAAGCAAGAAAUGGACAGCCUUCAGCGGCAGAUGGAGGAACACACCAUUACAGUGCAUGAAUCAAUGUCUUCAUGGACUCAGAUUGAGGGCAAGUUAAUGGACCUUACUUCUACAAGUCCUACAAGUGCAUCAGACCAGCAGGAGACUCCUACUGCAGAUGAAAAGAAAGAGAAUUGUAGUGUUAGUGACAAGGAAGCUUUGACACUAUAACCUCUUAUCAGUUGUCUUUCUUCCUAUUGCUUUAAGUAUAUAAACAAAUCUUUAUAAAAAUUAUUUAUUUCAGUUUUUUAAAUGGUGUUCAGAGUUGUGCUUUUGCCUGUAGAAGCAAAGGGCACUGAUUCGAGAACCUGAUGGAAUAGUAAAUGCAGAAUGUGCUAUUCUAAGCGUUUGUUUGAAACAGUUCUGUCAUGUUGGGUACUGCCAAGUGGUGAAUCUAGCUCAUUUGAGGGUCUAGUAAGAGAUUGAGAUGAAGAUUUAAAAUGAGGUCAAGAGGAGCAUCUGGUUUCAAGUAUGCAAUUGUUCAAUCUGGGUGAGUUUGUUAAGGAGUUACUGUUAAUUAUGUAACAUCUAGGUUUUCUUGUUUGUUUCUUUUUAAUUUGUGGGAGUAGGAUGUAUUUUUUCCCUCAUCUUGGAUUGUAGCCAAACUACAGAGAAAAGUAAGUUCUCAUGUUCAGCCAUCAGCAGUGGUUGAGAACUGGAUAUGCUGAGUAUUCUCUUGUCCCUCCUAUAAUCUCUUAUUUUUGAAAUGUAGAUUAUCAAGAUCUGUAUUUGAAGGAAAAUAAGUUAUUGUAAGCCAUUUCCAGUUUUGAAGAUGACCUCUGACCUAUAGCAGAAGAAACAAGACUGUAAAGACAAGCAACAGAGAGCAGUUGGUAUCUUUGGCAGAUUUGCCUGGGACGUUUGCUGAUGUUUUUCUCUUGCAGUCACAGGCCAGUAGUGAGCUUUGCUUCACUGCACAAAUAAUUUGCACCUUUUUAUUUCAAGUUUUGAAGUAGACACCCAUUUAAAAGUAUGUGUGUAAUAUAUAUAUAUAUAUAUACAUAAGAAAAAAAUCAUAAUUUUCUGACUUUGAAUAUCUGGUUUAAUAUGCUUAUAUACUGUAAGUUAAGGCUACAAUGAGGGGUUUUGUUACUGUCAUUGUUUUAAUGUUAUGUUUAAGUUUGCUCUUUGACAUACUGUACAAAUGGCUUAGGGGAAUCAGCACCUAAAGCCAGAGCUUUUAGAAAUGUAAUUAUUUUUACUUUAAAAGAUAUAAUUAUAAUGCCUAUAAAAUCAUUAUUUUUAAUAGCUUUAUCUUCUCCCACACACUCCCUCUUCUUUUUGCACCCUCUAUUCCAAGGUGUCCAGGGUGAGUGGAAGUGUUGGUACUGUGGCAGUCCCUCUGCAGAGCACCUUGACUAAGUUAUUUUUAAAGCAGCUCACUUUAGUUUCCUUCAUCUUUGGUCCUGUUGCUCCAUGUGGCUCAUAGUGCAGUGACAAGCCAGCCCUCUCCUCACUCUAAAAUUCAGUGUUAGGGUAUUUGGAAGAUUUAGUGGUUACUCAUGUACUAGAAUGUUUUUGUCCUUAAAACAAAACAAGUGAAUUAUAUCCAUUGUAGUUUGGUGUUAACAAAAAAAAAAAAAAAUCUAUUAAGUACAAGUGUAUUCAAAGGCUGGAAAAAAAAUUCUAGUUCAUGUAUUUUUCCAAAGAGGCUGUCGCUGUUUUUGGGUUUGGUUGUAGAGGAGGGGGAAGGAUAUUGCAUUUUGUUUAGCAGUAAGGCAAAAAAUAAAUAACCAAACAAAACUCCCAAACCCACCUAUAUUUAUCCAAAGUCUGAUUUCUCGUAGCUACCACUUCAAGCUCUAGUCCAGUUGAACACUUUGCACUAUAAAUGUUUUUACUGAAUGAUUUCAUGCCCUGCAGAUACUGGAUUUUAACUUAGAUUUUCUUGGGAUCAAAGUCAAGUGGUGCUGACAGUCAAGGUUUUGCAACUGUUAAAGGAAGGAAUGCAUUGGUGUGGUACUAGAUGCCCAUCAGAUGGAUUUACCAAACAAUUCAAAAUCAAAAGCUUUACAAACUAGCUUAAGACAUGUCUGCACACUGCUGCAGUCUGCUUUGUAGAGUAAAUGGUACUGAUUAUAUUGCUGUUGUCAUGUUCUUGAAGUUGCCUGUAUAUUAAGCUCAAAGAAGAAAAAAACCAAACCACAGUAUUGAUAAAGAAAAAAAAAACUGUAAUGAAUAAUAUAUUCAGUACAAGAAAACUACCAAAUGUCCAGGAUUUAAAAUACUACUUGUGCAGCGGUAAUGCUGCUGUUCACUUCAUUAAAUGCAUUGCCUACA